UUUCGUUAUAUCGGCUAAAAAAUUUUUUCUAUUCAAGAAUAUAACUAAACUAGCGGCAUAUAUUUACAACCGUUGGUAUUUUGACUUUGUUCCUCAUUCAUUUAUUCACGUAAUAACACAUUUCGCGCCAUUGCAAGUAGUUCUCAUUGUACGUUAUAUUAGCUGCAACACGUAUGAAAACUCGAUCAGUUUGAGUGUUAGUUAAUAAAUAUAUGAAGUAAAUAAUUAUUUCUGAUUGAAAGUUUUUAUACGUUAAUAAUUAACUGCAAGAUUUUCUAAAGGAGAGUCUCUGCUCGAAUGAAGUGAAACAUAAAUAUAACCUUCAUGAAAAUGAAGUGUACUAAUACGAAUUUGAAAUCUAAUUUAAAAUGACAUUACGAAAAUAACGAACACAAGUUCUUAUCGUUGGGCUGAUAAUACAUGUUAAUCUAUUUAAAGAAUUUUCGUUCUGUUUAAAGAAUUGCAUAUAAUGGAACUUUCAGAUCAGCAAGUUGAUGAUUCUUCCUUGUCAUUAGAUACGAAUUAUUUACAAAUCUCGUGCAACUGGAAAAUCAGCAAUAAUAAACAGCUUCGUGAUGCUUUCACAUUAGAAACUUCGUCUCUAAAAUUUAUGAAAACUAACUUCGAAGACAUAGUUUCUUUAAGUACAUGUAUAUCUUUACAACCAAUUGAAUCCAACAAUGAACCAUGUAUGCUAGAUGUAAGAUUAACUAAUGGGCAGAGAAUUUCCCAGAUUGCUGUAGUUUCUGAAGCUUAUGUAUUAGAAUUUUUCAAACAAUUUGGGGAAUAUGAAACAACAAAGUUUGCUGAAUUUGUAGAUGAAUUUGAAGACAAUUCAGUCUACUUUGCAGAGACAGCAAUUUUUCCACAUGCUACAGAAGCUAGCAUUAAGUUUACAAAAACAAAAAGUAAAAAUUCAGUUAUGUGGAUAUAUGGUAUAAAGCUCUAUGUAACAGAGUCAAUUAAUGAACCUAAGAGUUUUUCCACAGAAAUAUUUAAUCCUGAAAUAAUAAGAAAUUUCUUAACUAAACUUAGUUUUAACAAUGAAGAGAACAAUAUCACGAGUGAUGUUCAGUCAUGUUACAUGAAUAUUUUGAAUUUAUCAAAAAAUAAAGGUGUUCAGAAAAACAAUGAAGAAGAAGUGGCACAAUCUGCGAUUGAUAGCACUGUGUCAAAUAAUAUAGAUAUUAUGACAUAUAUUGAUAAGAAAUUUGAAGAUAUGGAAGAAAGAUUAAUGAAAAAAAUUGAUGAAAUGGAACAAAAAACAAAUGAAAAACUUGAUACUAUUUUAAGACAAUUAGAAACUCGAUGUAGUGUCAAGUGACCUUUCAUUUAUAUAAUUUAAAAGCAUAUUUGUAAAUAAUGACAAUAUAUAUUUAAUUCUGUAUGGAAUAUAUAUGUAAAAUAUACACAUAUAAAAAAUUUUGAAGAUAA